AUGGCGGUUAAGAUUCCUCCCAGCGACCUUGUUUUCCCGAACUUGAACGAAGACCGAGCCGAAAUCAGAAUCUUGGAAGUUCAGCCUGGAAGUCAGGGUUCAAACAUACAAUGCAAGUUCAACGUGGUGACUUUGGACAACCUGGAAUCCCCAUACGAGACCCUCUCAUAUACCUGGGGAGACGAAAACGAAGCAACAAAGGUCACUGUUUGGCUUGACGAGACGCCGGUUCCCGUUUCCAGAAACCUCUUUGAUGCAUUGAAGAAGCUGCGUAUGACUCAUGAACCGAGACGUCUUUGGGUUGACGCAUUAUGCAUCAAUCAGGCCGAUAAUGUGGAAAAAACCUGGCAGGUCAGCAUGAUGCACCGAAUCUAUAGCCAAUGUCAACAAUGCGCCAUCUGGCUGGGGGCCCUGGAAGAUGUCGAUGUGUUCCAUGCUAGAGCCGCCGUGGACACUUUGUGUUGGUUCGCCGGGUCUCGAGGCAAACCUGACUGGAUGGAUGAUGAUUCGGCUAGAGAUUAUGCUGCCAAAGCACUCAAAAUUCUCAUCAACCUGCCAUGGUGGGGUCGGAUAUGGACGGUCCAAGAAGCUAUCCUCCCAUCUUCCGCGACAGUGUAUUGGGGCCCGUGCGAUAUCUCAUGGGACCUAAUGCGCAGGGCGGCAGACAGCUUCUUUGACAAUCCCUCCCGGGAAAUCCCAGGAGAGUUCUGGGCCCAUGGCGGAGCUAUCGACCUCCAAAGUGCGAUGCGGGGACUUCAAUUCACAAGCAGAGAGUCUCUGUUUCAAGUUCUGUGGCGCUGGAGGUUCCGUCAAGCUACGGAUCCAAGGGACAAGGUCUAUGGUCUUGUUGGUUUUCGGCGUGACACUUCACUGCCUACGGUGAAAACCUGCGAUUACAAAAUCGACGUGAGAACCUUGUAUCAGAGGGUCACGGCUGAUCUCAUCCGUCUAUCAACCGACCUGCAACCAUUGAUCGGACGAGGAGGCGAAGUGUCUGAAAUACCUGGCCUCGCAUCGUGGGCGGUGGAUUGGCAUGGGGUGCGUGAUGAUUCGAGACGGAGCACGGUGAAUUUCUGGGACCAUCACCGGCGAUGGCAUGGUCUUGGCUAUACCGCAGAUAGAGGAUUGCGAGGCGUCGGUCAAGGCCUCAAGGUCGAGGACGAUCGGAUCCUCUACUUGCACGGCUUGCAGAUUGACCGGAUUUGUGCGGUUGAAGACCGUUCCAAAGGCACGUGUGUGGAGGAUUACGGAUCAGCUGGGUCUCUGUUUCUCACCAGUGGAGGUAGAUGGGGGAGGGUAAUCACGCAGUUCCAAGAGCAGUAUCCUGGACAACUUCCAGACAACUGGAUGAGUGCAUUUCUGGGCCUCAUCACUGGCAAGUUGAUCCCUCAAGACCCAAACCAUGGAGAUGGCAUAGAUGAUUGGAUGAAGAACAUGGUUCGUCCGCAGGCCUUGUUUAUCACCGAGUCAGGGCGUUUUGGACUAGGUCCUCGGAGCAUUCAACCAGGGCAGGAGGUGUGGGUUCUUGGCGGAAGCAGGUUUCCUGUUAUUUUGAAUCAUCGAGCCGGAGGAGCUGAUGAAGAAGGCUUUACCUUUGCUGGCGAAUGUUUUGUGUAUGGAGUUAUGAGAGGUGAGGCGGUAGAAGGACGGAGUGACGAGCAGAGAGAAAUCAAACUGUAUUAG